AAGAAGAGAGAGAAAGGAUUCCCUGCUGCUGCUGGGUACUGCACAAGAACCCGUUAUUUAGUUCACAUUGUUACACUAAUCUUAAAUCCCGAUUGUUAACUGAGCUCAAAAACUCGCCCAACCUAAAGAACUGUGAAAAAAGUUUUUUUUCUCAUCUGCUCCUACGUCUCCUACUUCUUCCUGUCUUAACCAACCAACCAACUACCCAUUAUUAUCAUACUGCAUUGUUAUAAUCAUCAUCAAAGCAACAAAGGGAAAUAUAUAUGAACCAUCAAACGGUUCAGUUACACCACAAACAAGAACAUUUACAACCAAAACAAACCCACCAACUGUAAAGAUUCCCAUCAACUUGUUCUCUACCAUCACGCAUACGUGCAUACGUACGUACGUACACACAUUCAUACUCUCAAUUACUGCAAGUACAAAAUCAAAUCUCACUCAAAACAAGUCACAACAAUGACGGUGACCAAGUUAAAGCAGAAAAGUUAUGAUAAGUUAAGAAACAAUUAUUGCAAGAAGUUGCAAAAACAAAAAGGUGGUGGUGGUCGUGGCUGCACUGCAGACUCGUCGUCUGAUGUUGAAUCGGAUGAUUCCUCCUCCUCCUCUGGAAAUAAUCAAAAUAUUAUCAAAUUUCUGGAGAGCAAGUACGACUCCAGCAACACUAAUCACAAGUCAUCUCAAUUGCUAAGUCUUCUCAGUGAUGGGCCUCAGGUGUUACUUAAUGAGACUGAGGAACUGGUCCAACACUAUGUUCACCAUCACCACCAGAGUCAAACUCCUCCACCCCCACCACUUCUCACCACCACUCCCCCCGUCGUGGUGGACAUAAGUGGAGAUGAAUACUGUGGAGAAUUGUCUCCUGCUGACUCUUUUCCUGGUGAAAGUUCCCCCACCAGCAGCUUCACGUCUCCAGAACCGGAAGCAGAGUCCGAACCUGAGGAGGAGGACCAAGGGGAGGAGGAGGACAGCAACGUCCUCUUCUGUGGUCAUCACGUGGGAAAAGUCCUCCUAUCCGAAUUUGACGGAACAACAGUUUUGUGUCGAGUGUGUGGAGAUAAGGCUUCAGGAUUUCACUACGGGGUGCACUCAUGCGAAGGUUGCAAGGGGUUCUUCCGCAGAUCAAUCCAACAAAAAAUACAGUACCGACCAUGUACAAAAAACCAACAAUGCAGUAUCCUCCGGGUCAACAGAAAUCGAUGCCAGUACUGCAGAUUGAAGAAAUGCGUACAAACGGGAAUGUCAAGAGAUUCCGUUCGGUUCGGUCGAGUUCCAAAGGUUGUACGACAAAAGAUUUUGGAAGCAAUGCAGCAAAGUAAUAACGCUAAGGCGAAUGAGCGAGCCAUGAGCACUGAAUUGGAAGACAUCAACAAGUUGACUACGACCGUUAUCCGUGCCCACAUGGAGACUUGCGAAUUUACCAAAGAUAAAGUUCAAAAAUGUUAUCAGAAUGCAUUGUUGAAGAAGCAACAAGAGCAAAACAAAGCAUCGACUCGUUUUGAUGGUCAUUCUAUGACUUUGGCUUGCCCAUUAAAUCCACAUCCUCAGUCAACCACAGAAGACUUUAGCGAGCGAUUCAGUCCUCAAAUUCGUGGCGUAGUUGAGUUUGCGAAAAGAUUGCCUGGAUUCUCAUUACUUUCACAAGAUGAUCAGGUCACAUUGCUAAAAGCUGGAGUAUUUGAAAUCCUCUUGGUCAGACUGGCAUGCAUGUUUCAAGGAAAUACCAUGCUCUGCAUUAAUGGAGAGCUUCUAGAACGUGAAACCGUAUCUGCUCACCAGAAUGCAAGAUUCCUUCUCGAUUCCAUGUUCAAAUUCGCUGAGCAAUUCAACAAGCUCGGGCUCUCCGAUGAACAAAUUGGCAUCUUUUGUGCAAUGGUUGUUCUGGCUCCAGACAGACCUGGACUACGAAAUGUAGAAUUGGUACAGCGACUUCAAAGACAUUGUCGCUCAGCAUUGCACUCACUUGUCCCAGCUUACAUGAUCCAAGAAUUGGACAGAAAAAUUCCAGACUUGAGGACUCUAAACACCCUUCACUCUGAGAAGCUCUUGGCAUUCAAAAUGGAAGAACAAAAUCAGGCAAACGCUGCAGAUUCUCAGAUGCAACACUCCCCUGUUAGUAUUGCCAGCAGUCAUCGAAGCAGCAGUUCUGUUGACUCUUUGGAUAGUUUUCACACCAACAGCAACAGUACCCAUGGUUCUUCCUGCAACGACAAUGACUUACCCAUUCGGAGACUGAGCGCAGGCACUUGCCCGUACAAAUUCCCAAGGGCGCUCGAAAGCCCCAGUGGAGAUUCUGGUAUCGAAUCUGGAGCAUGCUCUAGCCCUGCAAGAUCCGAACAAGAUAUUCCUAUUCUACCGCCAACUCCGAGCAGUAGUAGUAGCAGCAGCAGCAGCAGCAGUCAUCAUCAACACAAUCAAGAUGAUAUGCCAGUUCUCAAGCGAGCCCUACAAGCACCUCCCAUGAUUGACACAAAUCUUCUCAUGAAUGAGGCUUACCGUCCCCAUAAAAAGUUUCGGUACAGCGUGUCAGAAAAAUCUCACUCGGGCUCUCCCCCACCGUCAAUGAUGAACCAACAACAGUCAAGUCCAGUCUAUGUGCAGUCACCACCUGCGAGAAAUACCCCAGGACCAACCCCACCACCCCAUCAGCUGUAUCCUCAGUUAGCAUCGGCUCUAACUCAACCAAGAAUUUCAAACUGUCCCCAACAAUCUGGUCCAAUGAAGCAUUUCAAGUCCCCCCUUCAGAUUCAGCACUCGACAUUGACGAGGACGCUGAACGAGAAACCCAAACUUUUGACUGAAGACGAUUCUGUUACCAGUGACUUGCUACAUUCAAUCAUCAUGAGAAAUGGAAAUAGUGAUGCUCCAAGCCGACACUAUUCAGCAAUGGAAACAGAUAAUCCAACUCUGUGCGACAACCAAGUUCCAUUAAAUCUCUCCACAAAGAUUCAAAUUUGUUAGAAAGUUAUUUCGAUCUCCUCAAAAAAUGUGUAUUUAAUGUACAUGAUUACCUGUACUUUUCCCAGUGUUAUAUUGUUGUGGUGCCUAGUUUUUGUCUGACUUUUUUUAUAUUGUGUCCAAUAAAGUAACUACUGUACAAUGCUUA